AUGGCAGCUGCAGUUGAAAAUUUCGACGAAUGGUUAAAAAAAAAACUCGAAUCAUUGAACACCGACGUCGACGUAUUUGGGGGUUAUAUCAGAGGGAUAUUAGAAAGUGAUGAGAGUUUGGCCGAAAAACGUGAGGCGCUAGAGGAAUUAAUAUCGAGUGUUACCGAAAACGAUAUCGAUAGUCACGUGUCGGAGAUCCUGGGGUCAUGGAACGAAUUUUUCUCGAAAGUGACCUCCGAUGCUGAGGACGACCCUGUAGAGGACGUCGAGGUUCGGCUUGCGAGGAUGAUGGAGUCCAAGAAUUUACCGACCGUCGCCAAAAAAAGCUACUCUGCGGAGGAUCGCAAACUGAGAGACGCGAUUAUCAAAAAAUACGGCGAGGUCGCGGAGGGAAAGAGUGACGAAGAUGAGGACGGGGAUGAAGAGAACGGAAGCGAGACCGAAUUGGAGAAGAAUAUGAACGCCGCUACUAUCGUCCAGCAGGAAAAGGAAAAGCGAGAGAGGACGAAACUCGAGAGUCAAAAGAAAAAGGACAAGGACAAGGAGGACAGGGAAAAACAAAUUAAACUCAGGGAAGAGAAAAAGGAAAAACGCAAGACACAGAAAGUUGAACGCCGUAGAUAA